AUGGAUCUCCUCGUCGUCGGGGCAAACCCCGACCUCGGCGAGGUUGUGUCGCGCGACGAGGAUAUUCUGAACUUGCUCGACUUUCCGCCGCAUCAGGGAAGCGUCGAGCCCGCCUCGUGGAUCGCCCUUUACUUCAUCACUCGGGCCGACCUGCAGGCCACCCACCGUGUGGGCGCCAAGGUCAUCAAUUUCUGCACUUCGGCGUGCAAUGCAGGAAGCCACGCGGUUGUUCGGCCGAAUGAGCUCGUGGACGCGGAGCGCAGCGCGAUUGAUAUGCCAAUCAGGCACUACACCGCGUGGAUGUGGGCGAUGCACCGCAAGGGAUUUCGUCACGAUCAGCUGAUCGCAAUCUCGCCGCGAGCAUGCGGCUUCGUCGGAGGGCCGGCGCUUCCACACGGAGUCCAGUUCCCUCCGGCGGCCGGUUCGCGGGCGAUGACGUGCCUGGUGACGGACCCAGGCUACGCGGGAUUUCGCGAUGAGUGCGUGGCCCUAACCAAGGAGCAGGUGUUCAACUCCGCCGAGACUCCGCGCGACCAUGCGGUAGGAUCGUCAGACACAGCACCUGCACAAACUUCCGCCACCGGCACCAGUCAGCAGCUGAGGCUAAAGUUCCCAACGUCGAACGUCUGUAUCUACCCGGCGAACGCGCUUGCUGACUGGCAACUCUUCAUGGACAUCUUUGUCACCAUGAGCAACGGUGACAGCGUCAAGACGGUAGACGCCAAAUUCUUGGGCGUUCGCUACUGUAAGGCCAAUACCCAAGUGGGUCUGCACUACGGGAAGCGAAUGCAGGAGGAGUUGGACGCAGUCGCGCUGGGUGGGGAGCCGGGUCGACUUGGCGCAGCGCGGACGCCAAGAAGGCGUUCGGGCGAAGCAGCGGCGCCGAGUCCGGCCCGCGCGCUGGAGCAGACAUACAUCGACCCUGCGGUCGCCGCGCGCUUCGAUGGCCCGUUCCUCAGCUGGUACGAUGUCGAGCACGACGCCUACGAGGGGACGCGCGAGCCGGCUGCCUACUUGCGGGCGCUGAUGGACGAGAGCGUCACGUUCCGCUACCCUCACGCCGAGGAGGCGAUGACGCGGCUCGAGGAGGCAGUCGAGCGGCACCGCCCAGACACGCUGCUUGGCUUCUCGCAGGGCGCAAUCCUCAUCACGCUGCUGACCGCCGCGCACCUCGCCGCCGGCCGACCGCCGUCGUGGAGCCACAACGUCCUCGUCUGCGGGAUGCCGGUCCGCGCGAACGCCUUUGCGCCCCUCUUCUCCGCGCCGCUCGACUUCCCGGCGACGGUGGCGCAGGGCCGCGACGAUCCGUUUUACGAGUGGUGCCGCCAGCUUGCGGGGCAGUACGCGUCGGCGGAGUACCUCGAGUUUCCCGACGGGCACCGCUUCCCGCACGGGCAGGCCGACACCGACGCGCUCGCCGACAGCGACAGCACCUACGCGAUGAUGAAGUGCGUCGAGCACGGCCACGAGCUCGUCGCGCUUGGCAACCUCCACCCUCCCGCCGACGACGGCCGCGAGAUGGACUCGUUCAUGUACCAGACUGUCGGAUCGGAGCUGGUGCCGGCGCUGGCUGAAUGCCUCGAGCUUCCCCUCUUCCGUGCGCCGAUCACCGGCGACGCGGUCGACCAGCGCCUCAUCUACGAGCGGACGGACGGCGACGAGGUUGAGGACCUGUUGCGACUGCUCGAGGCGGCGCGAGCCGAGGUCGAGUUUGAGGCUGUGUGCUGCGGCGCGAUCCUGUCCAACUACCAGCGCACCCGAGUGGAGGACGUGUGCGAGCGGCUCGGCCUUGUCUCGCUCGCAUACCUGUGGCAGCGCAACCAGGCUGAGCUGCUCGCAGAGAUGGCAGAGGCGGGCGUCGAGGCGGUGCUGGUCAAGGUGGCCGCUCUCGGGCUGGGCGCCUCGCACCUGCACAGGUCGAUCCGCGAGCUCGCGCCGCUGUUUGGGCGCCUCGAGGGUCGGUUUGGGUUCCACGUCUGCGGCGAAGGCGGCGAGUACGAGACGCUCACCCUGGACUGCCCCCUCUUCCGCCGCCGGCUCGUGCUGCGUGGCGCCAGGCCUCUGGUCCACUCGGAGGACCCGUCGGGCAUGGCGCCCGUCGUACUGCUCGCGGCCGACGGCGUCGACAUCUGCGGCAAGGGGGAGGGCGAGUCCGCGCCGCCAACCGGCGCGGGCGCGCCGCGCGCGCCGUGGGCUGAGGCGCGGAGGGCGGCGGCGACAGAGGCGGAAGAGGAGCGGAACCGGGAGGAGGAGGGGGAGGAGGCGGCCUCCCUCGCCUCGCUCGCCGCCGCAGGCGCGGUCGCCUCCGCCCCCGCCGCCUCCGCCGCCGCCGCCGCGGUGCCGAGGGAGUGGCUGCCGCUGCGUGCACCGCCCGCCGAUCCGUACCUCAGCGGUGGCGGCGGUGGCGGUGGCGGCGGUGGCGGUGGCGGCGGUGGCGGGUGGGCGCACGCCGCUUCGGCGGGCAUCUGCAGGCUCGUCUUUCCCCCGAGCAGCGCCGCCGCCGCCGCGUCGGGACCUUUCGCCGCAGAGGCUGGCGGCACGGCGGAGGGGAGGGCGGAGGCGGAGGCGAGGGCGGAGGCGGAGGCUGCGGUGGCGCAGCUGCGCGCAGCCGUCGCCGCACUUCCCGCGGCCUUGUCUGCGGCGGGGCGAUCCCUCUCAGAGGUGCUCUACGUCCGCCUGUACGUGUCGGACUUGGCACACUACCGAGCCCUCAACGUCGCGUACGCGAGCCUGAUGCGUUCGACGCCCGCAGCGCGCGCGUGCGUCCAGCUGCCGCUGCACGAGGCGGCCGCUGGCGCGCGCGUCGCCCUCGAGGUGCUUGCAGCGGCCCCGCCGAAGCGGCUGCUCCGGGUCUGCUCGCUCUCCGAGUGGGCACCGCGCAUGAUCGGGCCGUAUUGCCAGCUGACGGCCGCUGCCGGCGUCGGCAACGUCGCGGGCCAGCUCGGCCUCGUCCCUACCACGAUGGCGCUGGUCGAGGGGGGGGCGCUCGCGCAGGCACGGCUCGCGCUGCGCCACUCCGAGGCCGUCCUUUCAGGACUCGGCCUCGGCACUCGCCGCCCGCUCUCGCUCAUUGCGUAUGUGGUGCGCGAGAGCGACGUGGUGCAGGUGCACGCGGCGUGCCACGCGUGGCUGUGGCGGCGGUGCGGCGGCGGCGGGGCGCCGCUGCCGCCGCUGCUCGUGCUGCGCGUCGGCGCGCUGCCGAUGGGAGCACUGGUCGAGGUGCAGCUGGAGGCGGGCGAGGAGGGCGCGGGGGGGGAGGCGGUGCCGGCGCGGGCGGCGGAGUGGGAGGAGGAGGCGCAGAGCCUUACUUUCCGCUGCACCGCCGUCUCGGACCCGCUCCCCCCACGCCGAGAGCCGGACAGUGGAGAACCGGAGCUCAGCGGCGGCGGCCGCCGGAUCCUUCUGCAGUGCGUCGCGGAGCCGAAGGGCGACGCGCCUGCAGACCUCCGCCACCUCCCCGCGGCGGUCUCCUCCGCGAUGGCGGCGGCGUGCGCCCGGACCGCCGCCGCUGGGCCGGCGGCGCCGGGCUGCGGCGCGCCUGCCGACGCGUCGCCGCGGCUCGCCGGCGGCGCCUUCACGCGCUGCUUCUACGACGCGGACCUGCCCCUCUCCGCGCCCGCGCUCGAGCGCAGCUUGCUCGAUGGCAGCGGGAGCGCGGGCGCGGCCAUCGCCGUGCCGGUGGCGCGGGUGGGACACCGCGGCUCGCGGCUCGCGCUGCAGGUGACCGUCUACAAGAACGCGCUCGCCUUCGUCGAGCGCGCCGGCUCGCUCGGCGGCGAGACGGCCUCGUUUGGGCUCAGCGUGCCGAACGAAGUGCGCGAUCUCACAAUGGAGACGCUCGACGUCAGCGCCGGCUCAGCGAGCGUGAUCGUGAGCUACCCAGAUUCUGCACCGCGGGUGGGUACAGGAGGAGAGCCUCUCCACGAGUUUGCUCUCGGCAGCUCGCUCGGCGACUUCCUCGCCUCGGUGGUCGGGGCCGACUGCUCCCUCACCACGGGCGAUGAGGCGGCGUCGGCCAUUUCCGGGCGGCUCCUGCUGCUGGAAAAGGAGAAGCGGGCGGUGCCCGGGACGGAGGAGGCUGAGCUCGUUUGGUCCGAGCUCGUCGUGCUCGACCACGGCGGAUCGAUGGUUCGAGUGCGUUUCGACGUGCUGCGGUCAAUCUGCAUGCUCGACGACAGCUUGCAGCAGGACCUGCGCAAGGCGCUCGGCGCGAGGCUGAGUGCGCGCAAGCCGGCCGCACCCAAGAGGCACACGGACUUGACGCUCGUCGCGCGGGCGGCAGCAAGCGGGUCGGGUGGCGAGGCGGCGGGCUCGUUCGACGAGCUGCUCGUGUCGUACGCGCAGCCCGCAAAGGAGUGGCUCUGCCAGUACCGGCUCGAAGUGCCGCCGGAGCCGCUCGGCGCGGCGAUGGCCGAGGCCCGGCUUCGGCUGUUUGCCACCGUCUCCAACAUCGGGGAGGAGGAUUGGGAGGGCGUCGCGCUGUCGCUCGUGGCCAACGAGCUGCAGCUGCUGAAGAAGGAGAGCGGCGCGCGCAAGAGCGCCGCCGGCACUUUGUCCAAGGGCAAGCACAAGGCGUGGGGGCAGAUCUCAGACUCGGGCAACCUCUUCGUCAAGACGCUCACGGGCAAGACAAUCACGCUCGACGUCGAGUUCUCCGACUCGAUCGACAACAUCAAGGCCAAGAUCCAGGACAAGGAGGGCAUCCCGCCCGACCAGCAGCGCCUCAUCUUCGCGGGCAAGCAGCUCGAGGACGGCCGCACCCUCUCGGACUACAACAUCCAGAAGGAGUCGACGCUCCACCUGGUGCUGCGGCUGCGCGGCGGGCCGGCCUCUGGUGACCCUGUCAGCGACGGCUUCGAGAGCCUCGACGCGGUCGCUCUGAGCGGCCUCUCGGAGCACGUCAUCUACGAGGUGCCGCACGCUGUCACGGUGCGCGCCGGGGAGACGGCGUCGGUCGAGCUGGGCAGCCACGCGGUGCGCGGCGACCGCGUGCUCGUGUACGACCCGAAGGCGUCCGAGGUCUGCGCCACGCGCUGCAUCCAUCUGACCAACGACACCACUCGCGUCCUUGCCCCCGGCACCUGCUCGGUCUCGGAGGGCGGCCGGCUCGUCGCGCAGUGCCCGUUCACGCCGAUGCUGCCGGGCGACGAGCAGCUCAUCCCGUGGGGCGAAGACUCGACCGUCUCGGUGGAGCGCCGCGUCGACAAGGAGGCGGCGGUCGAGAAGGUGGAGCUGCACUGGCUGCGCGCCGAGCAGCAGCGCGCCGCAGAGAGCAGCGGCCGCCGCCGCCGCCUCGCGGGCUGCCGGCUCACGCACCGCGAGCACCUCACCACGAGCUACACGCUGCGCAAUAACGCACCGAGCGGGGCGCCCGUGACGCUAUACCUCGACCACUCGGCUGCUCCGGGCUGCGGCGGCUUCUCCGUGCUCACCGAGGGCGCCAUCAAGAAGACGACGGCAUUCUCUCGCUUCAAGUUCGUGCUGGCCCCGGGCGAGCAGCGCGAGUUCACCGUGCGCGAGACGGCAGCGCACUCGUCGUGCCGUACGACCGCGCGCCAGCUGCGCAUGCUGCUCGACUCGCAGCUCCGCGCGGCAGAUAGCGGCGUGAUGGCGGCCUCGACGCGCGCCUUGCUCGAGACGUUCAUCGCGCGAGAGGAGCGCGCGGCACUCCUCGACAAGGUCGAGCGCGACAGCGUCACGCCGCAAGAGCUCAAGCAGUGGCGCAAGGGCGCGCUCCUGCCGGCCGAGAUGCUGCAGCAGCUCGAGGAGCUGCUCGACCACAACCACUCGCGAGAGGAGGCGGGCCGCAAGGCUGCAGCGCACAACGCGCACAUCAACGACUGCUUCAAGAACCAGGAUCGGCUCCGCGAGAACAUCAAGUCACUCGAGAAGGUGGCGUCGUCCAAGCUGACGGAUCGCUACUUGAAGGACCUGGACAAGGAGGAGGAUGAGCUGAUCCAGGCGCGCCGCGCAAUUGCGAGCCUCGAGGAGAAGAGCCGGAGCCUGCAGUCCGCUAUCGCUGCGCUGCAGCUGGAGCUGAGCGCAGCUACGCGCAAGCUUCGGCUCGAGAGCCUCCCCGGAGAGAGUGAGGACGGCACGGAGACGGGGGCUGGCACGGACAGCGACGCCGCCGGAUGAGAGUGUGAGAUAUGAGAGAUUGAGUUUUUGAGACCAUCAAAGACAUAGGUGAGACUGUUGUGUCUGACUGUAGGAGACUGAGAGAUCAGAGAGAAUUUAAGCGCGCG